AUGGGCAUGCCAAAAGGUUUCUCUCUGGUCAAACGAAAGACUGUGACAAACAUUUUGACUUUUGCCUUCAACGCUUCAGAGAAGAUUUUAGAGUCAUUAUCAACAGCAAGCCCAGCUGAACUAGCCUCCCACGGAAACCUUGUGUUAAAAACCAGUGAGAAACUCAUUUCUGCAUUAGUGAAGCCGACAGACACAAGUGACAGUGUCAAUUUUACUCUUCCUGCUGUAGAGGGUCAAGUCUUCAUGGUUGGACCAAAGGUCACCUUAGAUAAAAUCCCUCGACUUGACACGACAAAUUCUUCUGUGAGCAUUGAUCUUAUUGGGAUUGCCAAAUACAACAUUGAAGGAUCAGCUGCUGUGGCUUUCAUGAGCUACGUCAUGAUGGAGAAUCUACUGAAGCCAGACUUCUUCAAAACAUCAAAUGACACGAUUAAAACCAUGAUGUCCACUGUGAUCUCAGCUACUCUUCCCAAAACCACCAACACUAACCUCACCAAACCAGUCAACUUCACCUUCAGACACAUCAGAGAGUUUGAUCCCAACGGUUCUCUGUCCUGUGUGUACUGGAAUAUCAGCGAGUGGAUUGUAGAUGGUUGUUCUGUUUUAAAGACCAACAGAAGCUACACUGUGUGUUCCUGUGUUCAUCUGUCCACAUUCGCUCUCAUCAUGCAGACCAGCCCCCCACCAGAGAGUAACCUGCUGCUGGAUCUGUUGAAUUUGGUGUGUGUGAUCGUGGGGUUGGUGUUCUUCAGUUUGGCCCUGUUGACCUUUGCCCUUUGUCAGUGGAGUCCUGGAGUGAAUAAUGUGGCUCGAAUCAACAUCUGCAUCAGUCUUCUGCUGGCUCACCUUCUGUUGCUGCUCACAGAGCAGUUCCUGAGCUUCAUACGGCGUCAGCAGGUGUUGUGUGCCGUGAUCGCAGGCCUUCUGCACUUCCUCUUUCUCUCCGGCUUUGUGUGGAUGUUCAUUGAAGCUGUGCUGCUCUACAUCUGUGUGAAGAACCUAUCACAGAUCAGCUCCAAGAAGAGGGAGGUGCUUAGCACUAGAUUCCUGUGUGUGAUUGGAUAUGUGGUUGCUCUGGUUGUGGUGUGUGUGUCUGUCGGUCUGGUUCCUGAAGGAUACGGCAGUGAACACUGCUGGAUUAAACAUGAUAAAGGUUUUAUCUGGAGUUUUCUGGGUCCUGUGUGUGUCAUACUAGCAUUAAACAUGAUUCUCUUCAUCAAGAUCUUUAUCACUCUGAACUCAACUCUCAAAAAACUGAAUGCUGAGGUUUCACAGAUGAAACAAUCAAAGGUUUUGGUGUUUAAAACAUUGGCUCAGUGUGUGGUUCUUGGUUGCCCCUGGAUUCUGGGUUUCUUCACUAAUGGCAGUAAGGAGCUGGAGAUCAUCUUCCUGAUCUUGAACUCCCAGCAGGGAACCUUCAUCUUCCUGAUCUACUGUGUUCUCAAUAAUGAGGUCAGGCAGCAGUACAGGAAGUUCUUCAGAUGUCUUUGCUGUGUCAAACAACACUGAGGUCCACAACAUCAUGUUCAGGAAGUAAAAAUACUGCUGCCAUUAUUAUGCAACUUUAGUUUCAGCUCCUUUCUGUAAAUGAUAAAUAAUUUUACCAGUCUUUUGAUGUUACAGCUGUAAAAACUAUUGAUGUAUAACUUCUAAACUGUUUCAUUUAAUCUUUGUUAUACAUGUAAGAUUUUCUUGGUUAUGGGUGAAAAGCAUUUUUUUAGAGACUUUACAGACACAACAGUUAAAUGCUGGCAAAUCAAUAAUAAUAAUAAUAAUAAUAAAAACUCCUGAAAACUAUUUCAUGUGCGCAUAGUGAAGAGAAAUAACAUGACACAGUUAGAUAUUGAGAUAUGUCAAAUAAUUAUUAAGUGUAUUAAUCUUGCAGACUUUUAUUUUUUUAUUUUUUUGUUUGUUGAGCUCAGAAAGUUCCCAGAAAGAGAAUGACUGUUUCUUCUGUAAGGACCUAUUUUAUGUUACUUUUAAUAUUCAAAUGUCAAAAUAUAUUAUCAGCUCGGAGUGUAACAGGUUUUAUACUGGGUUUACCUUUAAAGCGAAACUAUUAAAAUAACUAAAUGAACAGCUGCUGUCUCAAAUUCAGUGACUCUGUAUUGUCAAAUGGCUUGUAUUUUUGCAUUAAAACGUGAAUGAUGAUUGAUUUUUGCUUUUGCUCAAGGUUUAAUUAUAUUAAUGGAUUUAUUUUUUAUUUUAUUUUUUUGUAAUGAAGUUAUGCCUUAACAAUGUGAUAUGAUAAGUGCAUAUGCAAAUGUUUUUCCACAUUCCACAAAAGCCCAGAAAAGCUCUAUAUAACAGACUGACUCUAAUUUGAGAGGAAUGUUCUAUUUAUUUAUUUAUUUUUUUAAUCCAGCCAUCUUCUGCAACAUCUUUUGUAUUUAAAGUGUUUCAUUCAAAAGCCUUAACUGUAUAUUCUGCUUGGUUUUCUCAGAUAUGUUUAAUAAUCAGUGAAUCUGAUUACAAGGUAGCCAUUGAUAAAGAGAGGUGUGAUGUGGGCUCUCUCGGACUUGUUGAAGGCCAGUCGUACUGUGUUCUGAUCAUUUGUAGAGGCUUGAUUGCACAUGAUGGCAGUCCAGUAUAGAAAUACCAAGAGCUUUGACAA